CCAAAAAAAGAAAAGUAACUACACCCCACCAAAGAAAAGGACCCUAACUACACUCUGAAAGACCCAAGAAGCUGGUUGACUCUCAUCAUCAAUUCUCAAUUCUCCACUAUCGUCAUCGCCAACAACAAGGGAGAAGGGAGAAGGGAGAAGAAAUUGUCCAUGGCUUCCAACUUCACAGCUCCAAUUCCGGUGGUUGGAACAGUGACAUCUCCGUUUGAGACAGAAGAGGGCGAUGCCCAAAACCCACAGCCUCCACCCUCAAGAAAACCUCUGAGUCUGUGGCCAGGCAUGUACCACUCCCCAGUCACAGCCGCUCUCUGGGAGACCAGGUCCAGCAUCUUCGAAACCCUUCUCGACCCACCUCUCCACGCGCCUCCCCAAACCCAACUCCUCACCAAAACCCCCUCCUACAGCCGCACCUCCAUCCUCUACAACUUCUCCUCCGACAACAUCCUCAGGGAGCAGUACAGAGACCCUUGGAAUGAGGUCAGAAUAGGGAAGUUGCUUGAAGACCUCGAUGCCCUUGCUGGCACCAUUUCUGUUAAGCACUGUUCUGAUGAUGAUACCACCACCAGGCCCCUCUUGCUUGUCACUGCUUCUGUGGACAGGAUGGUGCUCAAGAAGCCCAUCAGCGUCAACCUUGAUCUCGAAAUUUCCGGCGCUGUCAUCUGGGUUGGCCGCUCUUCCAUUGAAGUUCAGCUUGAAGUCACUCAAUCUACAAAUGAGAGCUCCAAUACUUCAGACUCAGUGGCUCUUACGGCCGACUUCAUAUUUGUGGCCCGUGACUAUAAGACAAAUAAAGCUGCCCCAGUGAACCGGCUGUCACCAGAAACAGAACAAGAGAAGUUGCUUUUUGAAGAAGCAGAAGCAAGGAAUAAUCUCAGAAAAAGGAAGAGGGGAGGAGAGAGAAGAGACUUUAAGAAUGGGGAAGUAAAUAGGCUUGAAGCACUGUUGGCUGAAGGACGCAUCUUUUGUGACAUGCCAGCCUUGGCAGACAGGGAGAGCAUUCUUCUACGGCAUACCUGCCUGGAGAACUCCUUAAUUUGCCAGCCACAGCAAAGGAACAUCCAUGGUCGGAUCUUUGGAGGGUUUUUAAUGCACCGUGCAUUUGAAUUGGCAUUCUCAACAGCUUAUGCCUUUGCUGGCAUGGUACCUUGCUUUUUAGAAGUUGAUCAUGUUGACUUCUUAAGACCUGUUGAUGUUGGAGACUUUCUGCGUUUCAAAUCCUGUGUUCUUUUCACUCAACUUGAGAACCCCGAACAGCCUCUAAUCAACAUUGAAGUUGUUGCUCAUGUUACAAGGCCGGAGCUCAGGUCUAGUGAGGUGUCCAAUACAUUCUACUUCACUUUUACUGUCCGUCCAGAGGCUAAGGCCACCAAAAAUGGAUUUAGAAUUCGGAAUGUGGUUCCAGCAACAGAAGAGGAAGCACGCCGUAUUCUGGAGCGCAUGGAUGCUGAGAGUUUGUUGCUAGACAAAGAUGAAACAGGACAGUAGACAGCGAAGAGGAUGCCUUGUUGCAGAAUGUUAAUGAGUAAUAAAAUUAACGCUACUUUUCUAAUAUUAUAUCAUGGGUUUCUGCUCUGCAAGCCUGGACUCAAAGUCAUGCAGAUUUAAUAACACAAUUUAGAGCACCAUCAGAAAGUAUUAGAAUUCACGGUUAUCCAGCUCCAGUUCCCCAUUCUGUUCUGGGGCCUUCAGAAGGAGAUUUGCUUAUGUCAACAGAUAUAUAGAAUGCUUGGCAAUCAAAUAUUCUUUGUUUGAGAAUAAAGACUAGAUUAUUUAAUACCAGUUGUUGCUUCCUGUUU